AUGAGUAAGGGCCAAAAGUUUUUGGGCUAAACAUACCCCACAUCGAACACACUUUUUGGAGAAACUAUUUCGGAUAUUCCACAUCCCCUUUAGAAUUAUUUGUCACUUGGUUUUUGGAAAUGAAAUGAUAGUUAUCUAGGUCACGUUCUAACAUUCCGAAAUUAUUGAAAUUUCCAAGAAAAAAAUUAUGAAUCUAUCCAGAAAAAUUGAAAAAAAAAACAUUUAUGAGAAUUAUUUUACAGAUGUCGAAAAUUGUUUGUUUUUCGUGUUAAACUCAACUGAAAAACAAUACUCAACCUUAGUCAAAGGUCCAGGCGCACAAAGCACUCUCCCAGCCGAAACUCCACUUUGGUUUUGGGUCUUAACCGAAAAGGAUAUCGAAAAUAUCAAUGUUGAUAUCGAAGGUAAGAAAAAAUGAUCAUUGUUGUUAAAAAUAUCACAAUUUUUUUCAGUGGAUGAUGCAAAAGUUAAGUUUCUUCAACAAAUUGACAAGAAAGCGAAAAAAAUGACGAUUUUCUAUACCAUUACGACCACGAUUUCAAAACAAUUGGUUAUUUCUAUCAACGCCGAAGGAGAAAACUAUCGUUUGGUAUGCGAUAUUUGUGCGAAACCCUCCGAUGUCAACAACGAACCUUCCGAAAUCAACAGAACAAUUAUGGAUGUUGUGAGUUGAACAUUUUUCCGAAAAAACAGCGCAUCGAAAAUAUAUCGCGCUUUGAUUCAAAAUGCCUUCCUUUAGACUCCUCCAGCGCGCUAUGUGUUUCUAAGAAAACCUAGUAUUCUUGUAUUUUUUUAACCUUAGAUACGAUAGGAUAUUCCUGAGAAGGGAACCUUUUUCACUCAUCACUUCAAAUCACGAUGAAAUUUUUUUCGUUAUGCUAAUUCGAUAUUUUUGCAACAUGUUGUUUUGGUUACUGUAGAUUCAAGAAAACUUGUUGAAUUCUUGCAAUAUUUGUUUUAUCCAUGAUUUAAAGUGUCGAGUAAAAAAAGGUUGCCCUGUUAGAGAAAAAUUGAAAUGACGUUCAAUCAUAAAAAUAUCAUGUCAAAAAUUGUUUUUCCAGUAUUUUUCUUAUUUUUCAUUGAAAUGACAUGUUGCCAGCAGUCCUUUUUUGCGAACUCACAAUUGAAUUCUGAAAGCUUUAAAAAAAAUCGUUUUUUAGAGCCGAAUGUUGCAGUUGCCUGGGGAUACGUCGGUAUGCAAUAGCUCCGACCCAAUGUGGAAAAAAUCUCUCGAUUGGAAUCGACAUUUGAUUGUGGAAAUCGAACCACUUCGACAAGGUGAGUUAUGCACGAAGUCUCAUUAAAAAUUCUUUGUGGAACCUCCCAUUUAAGCUUAAACUCUGGAAAUUAAAUUUCAGGAUGGAUUUGACUGGUAAAUCGUCUGAAGCGAGAUCGAAUUUGGAUAGUGGCAAAAGAGAAGACGUGGUUGGGCAUGAGUUGAAGUUGGGCGAAGGACAAAAGAAGAAUCUCGUUGAUGCAAAAUUGAACUUGAAUACUGGCAAAAAAGAAGACGUGGUUGGGGAUGAGUUGAAGAUGGGCGGAGAACAAAAGAACGAAUCUCGUUGA